GAACCUUUAAAAGGACCCAAAGUCGUGGCCGGUCACAUUUCAACUUCAACUUUCAAAGAUGAUGAGUCUGGUUGGAAAACUCGCAGUCUUCGUGUUGGCAGGCGUCGGGUUCGGCACAGUUGCUGCCGCAAAUGGACCCACAACGGUGCUCGACAAUGCAGAUUACCCCGGAUUGGUUAUGGUGGAGGACGAAAGUCAUAAUCUGGUGCCAGGAGUGUUCAUCUCGCGGCAGUACAUCAUGUCCAACGCCGACACGCUUUACUAUUCCGAUAAAAAGACAAUCACGAUCUACGGCUUGCCCGCCCCUGUCACAAACGUCAGAGAUUGGAGCGAUGACGACGAUUGGAUCCAGAUAAUGAAAAUAUGCUACAAGUUCCCAGGCCCCUUCCAACCCCUGACGCCAUCUCUCUAUCACGAUUUCACCACCAACGUCACCGGCACCGUCGUUUACUACACCCCCAACGGCACGCUGUUCGGACACACGACGGAUGUGCUGGCCAACGAAAACUGUCCACAGGCGUACACGGACGCCGGCGAUAGCUCGUCUGAAUUCAACCCGGACGGAUCCAACGCAUGCGCCGUCAACGACGCCACCGAUUGUUCGUACGACAACGAUCCCGUUUACGACAUAGUUCCUGCCUUGCUGAUCAACGGAGUGCUGGUGGCGUUCGUCAACUGGGUCGAUUGCAGCAGCGUCUCUGGCCUCUACAAUGGCGUGACAGAAUUCUUCCCGGUUCAACACUACAGGACUUUCAUUCUGGACACCGUGCCUGAUGCUAUACCUUAA